AUGUUACUGCAUAACUUCAUCAACCCGUGUUGCAUAGCUGCAUUGUUUAUAGCCGUUGUUGGGGCAAUAGAGAUAUGUAAUGGCGAUGAAUGUUACACCGCAAUGUUGAGAGUAAGCGAUAUCAAAUCAAUAUCACAAACAUACUUGGCAAACGGGGAUUCUGAUCCCCCAAUUCACGACAUGGCUUCUAUACCGGUGUACAUAUUCACGCUUGACAAUGGUGCCCAUCUUGUCACCCUUAACUCAACAGAUGAAUUAGUGAAGAGCGGUGUGAUAGGAAAAAGGAGGAGUUUCUUGGAGUAUCUUCUCUUUGGCUUUGUAAUAUAUGUGUUAGUAUAUGCCGUUUUACUUACCAUCGCGCUUACGACCAAUGACAGAGAUGUCAAGCAAGCCAGUGACUUUCUGGCACUGUGGGGCGUAGCGGUGGGAGAUUGUUUCCAUGUAUUGUGGACAACCGUUGCGUACGGGAAUCGUCACCAUGUCAGUCUUUUUGCAGAUAGUGAGAAAAGGAACGCAGCGAUAAGGGAUUAUGAGAAAAGAAGGACUCCUGAGUCUGCCUCUAGAGCCGACAGUCACUCAAAAACUGAUGAAAAAUUUGGUGUAUAA